AUGUUUGAGAAAGUUAGUCUACAAAAAGGAUUUAAGGUGAGUUACAGUAUCCUCGACUACUGUAGGUAGUCCACAUGUUUUGUUUCAGAUUGGAAUGGUCGUUGUGGCCGUAGUUCAUUUGGUGCUUGGCUUCAUAUAUUUGGCACAAUCUAUUAGGUGAGCCCGAGUUACGGUAGCUACAGUAGUCUAACUACGGCAAAUUGGGGUAUCCUCAACAAAAAUAUAAUAUUUUUAGGGAGGCGAUCGCAGUCAAUGAUGUUUUAGAAGAAUUCGAAAAAGUAUAUGGCUGGAAAAUCGACAAAAUCAAAUUCAAAUACACGGCCACAAUUAUUUCGCUGCUAAUCUUCCCAUUCAUCGUAACUGGAGCAUCGUUUGCAUUCACAUUUUUCAUGCAAGAAUAUUUCAUGAUUUUGGUUGUAAUUGGUUCAACAAUUCUGGAACAAGUCCUCUUUAUAAUUGCCGUGAUUCGAAUUCUCAACCAACUUCCCAAAUUCAAUCUGGUUUUUGAUGUUUGUGAGGAGAAUCGCGAUUUUCGCUUGAAUGAAUUUUGUGAGGUUGUUGGGAAUGUUGAAUCGAUUUAUAUCACAAAUGUUGUAUUUUCGGCGAUUGGAUUAUUUGCGACGAUUGGAUGUGUUUUAUUUGCCGGAAUAAUCGCUUUCAAAUACAGAACAAGGAAAGGUCAGAAAACUGGAACGUAUUCUAGUGAAGCUUGA